AUGUUACCAUCAACAGAUGAUAUAGCAAAAUUUAUUGCUAUCGCUCCAGAUGCUAAUGAAGGGACUGCCCUUAGGUUUUUGGAGGGGGCGGAAAAUAUUGACGAUGCCAUCAGUCAGUAUUAUGAAAGCCAAGAUGAGGCUAUAGCUCCAAAUUUGUCCGAUCCAACAACCCUUCGUAUGGAUUCUGGGGCUGAUAUGCGGAACUCCCCCCACCCCGCUGACCUCCGCUCUAAAGAUGAACAAGAUAUGAAGGCCGCCCUACAUAAUAUCCAGCAGGCGGGUGGCAUUUUCAAUAGUGAUAUCGAGCCAGAGCAUACUACGCAAUUUUAUAAUUGUAACUGCGAUGUCCACAACUACAAAGAAAGAAAGGCUGCCAGGCUUCCUGUUCAGGAAAUAUGGUCUAAAGCAGUCAUCUACCCAGGUGAAUCAGCCUAUCAUGACAGUCACUCGUCAGCUCUCAUCGCAAAAAACCCAUAUAGCCGGGUGCCCUCACUAUUUCCACUUACGACUCCCGGGACUUACACUAGGGCGAGGCCUACUCCGUCCGGUUACAAUCACUAUCUUCAAAAGAUGAUACAGUUGAAUGCAUCCCUCAAUGCCGCGGCACAGACUGCCAUUGAUGCCAAAGAGCCAGUAUCCAUAUGGGAUACCGAAGACACAGAAACCUCUGUAUCAAAUGAGUCUGACGCCACAGCUUCUCCUGAUACCCAGCAACCAGCUAUACAGGGGCUCUCUCAUCAAAAAAAUCCCUCAGGUACCCUCACUGAAAGCUCCAAGCCAUCGGCAUUUGGUAGUUUGAAAAGGAUGUUAUCGAAGAACACAUCAGAGGAGAAAGCAGGGAAGAUAUCUAUUCAUCCCAAAGAGCUACGCGCGGCCAUCCUAGAAGAAGAGCAAGGCAGAUGGCCGAGUCAAGAAUGGCGGCAGCUUGUGGAAGCCUAUCAAGAAACAGUUGGAAUCAGUCAAAAGGUCGCCGAUCUUCGAGCCCGGCGCCCAAUUCAGUAUCUUCACCUCCUCCGAGCUGGAUAUUUUGAGCCUAUUCCAAUGGCUUGGGCAAAAUCCACAUCCAGCCCUCUCAAAUUGAUCAUUGAUGCAUUUGGUGGGUGGAGAGGAGUCACACCCAGUUGGAGAGGAUACAAAGAUCUUGCCGAGGAACGUUUAUACUGGGCCAUGAAUACCACAGACGGCAUUGCUAGAAACAAGACGAAGCCCGAUUCCAUCUCUGCUAUGAACAUGGCUCGAUCUAGAAUUGAAUCUGCAGUUAGCACACCUACAGAAUACUUCUCACCCGACGAUAUCUGCAAUAUUCAAUCCAUCGAGGCUUACUCGAAGCAGGUCAUGGCUCCUUUCAGAUCCUUUGCGGAGCCGGCAAUUCCUUUAGAUGAAACUAUGAUUCUCCUAGAGGCCUCAAAGUCUAUGAACUCUCCACCCCUUCUCCCGUAUUAUAAUGAGCAUCUCAUUACAGGUUAUUCCGUCUCUAAGCAGGCAAAGAGCAAAGAUAUCGCCAAGGCCGUCAUACAUCGCUUUUCCCAAGCAAUGAUCAAUCAUGACCACGAUACUCGAGGCUAUCAACUCGUCACCUUCGCAAAUCAGGCCCGCUACGCAGGCCUCAUCAACCACCAGAAUUUGGAACAAAUAUGGUCAAACAUUAGAUUCGGAGGAGAAACUCGACUGAUGUUAGGCUGGCAAAGAGCCAAGGAGCUCCACUUCCAAAAACACUUCGGGACAGCAGUCUACCACCCUAUGUAUGGUUGGCAAGCCGGUCCACAAACACCCAUACUGAGACUGCUUAUCGUACUCGACGGCGAAGCAGCAGACAUGAACGAAUUCCAGCUUGAUCUUCUUGGCCUAUCCUGGGUCUAUGUCACGAUCUUCCUGAUGGGUGCAGAUGGAUGUCCAAACCACCACCGCCUUGCAAACGAGCUACAGAGAAUCAGCAAUACCAAUCCCCGUAUCUCUUUCCUGGAUGCGCAGGGGAACAUGCCAGAGCGCUUCAUCACUCACGAACUGCUGAAGCGACAUCUUGGAUACAAUGUUUCGUUCUCUGAUUUCAAGACGCUGGAGCAAGCGACGGUGGAUCUACCAUCUUAUGUAGAGUAA